UAGAGGAAUGGCAUAGCUAUGUAUAUUUUUUAGUUCGUCUGCGCCUCUCGCACAGAGCGCCCCGUCCGGUCUUGGUGAGCGAGGCCAUGGUCGCGAAGUCAGCCCAGGUGCCCGGGGUCCGGACAAUAGCAUAUGAGGGAGCCGACGAUCGUGACAGACAGGGACAAGCUCGAGGGCGGGAGUUUGGGGGCCUGGGGCUUGGUGUUGGCGCAGCAAAAAUAGCACACAGAGGGUUACCCACCAGUCCAACACCAGGAAAAGCUCUCUCGCGGGCGCUGGGCGCAGCAUUGCCAAGGCCUCACUGCGCAGGUCAGCUCUCUAUUCUUGACGGUCCAACCACGCCCUCUGCUGACAGCCGAAAGCCGUUUCACAGUGCUCGCUCGGGACUCGAGCUUCGAGACUCUGCCUGCGGCCCGCGUAUCGGGCGCAUAUCUAGCGCCAUACGCCUGGAUGCAUCGCAAGUGCGGGAGGCCGAACCACGUCGUCCUCUUCUCGCACACGGCGCCCCUUCGCUACCAGAGCAGACGCCGUCGGCUGGCAUCGGUCAGGCUGCUUGGAGCGGCGUCGAUAGGGCGAAGGAGCUGCGAUAGAGCUAAGGAGCUGCUGCUGAGGACAGACAGGAGGUCUUCGGAGCCAAGCAGCCUGCGUGAUUCUGAUGCAAAUAGACAGACGUUGAUGGACAGGCUCUCGCCAGAAUCACGCCGAUGAUGUUGCCCUCUAUCGUCGGCAACUCUUGUGCUUUGUCGGACUGGCUGGCGUGGCUAGAAAGUGUGAGUAUGGAAUCCUCCGCCCUAGUGAUCGAGUUGGAUGGCGGUAUCGAUGCGAAGGUUGUUUGGAGUUGUGGUCCCCGG